AUGCCAGGCGAUGUCAUUUACACAUCAGACAGCAACCCCGAGCCGCUCGCGCAGGACCAGACGGAAAGGACCGAAGCAAUUGAUCCACCGCCAAUCGUGCAGCUGUUGAUGGAUGACUUUGACCCCGACAAUGAGGACGACGUAGCCGAGCUCAAAUGCCCUUUUUGGGUUGUGCACUGCCGGCUGGUGGGAGCAGUUGCCGUGAAUUCGGACGUGAGCACGCAGUCUUACUACACGGAAGAAGGACAAAAAGAAGUUCAACGUCUCCUUUUGGGUACGACUGUGGCGAGUCCUACUCAUACUUCUGAUGAUCCUGAUCCCCCUACAAUGCCGACUCAUCCCGCCACGAAAGAUGCAGCACCUGCACCCCCGAGUCCGACGUCGAGGUUCUUACCAAACACGACUCGCGGAAGAUUACCAAGAGCACCACACAACAUUCCUGGCUCUUUCUUCAUCUUUGCCGACCUCUCGCUCCGCCGAGCUGGCGAAUACCGGUUGCAAUUUACACUGAUGAAGAUGGAGCCUCCAUUACUGAGGGUGGGCGCGACGGUGCCCGCUCACCACGUAGUCACCAGUCAAGUCUUUCGAGCAGUUAAUGCAAAGGAUUUCGACCAAGUGCAGCCUAGCACCAAUUUGGUGAAGGGACUCCUCGACCGAGGCGCAGGAUACCCUCUCAAACUGAAGAAAGGAAUCAGAGAGGGUCAAAGACGAAGGAGGCAACAGUGGGAUGACUACUCCGACGACGAGGAUUCAGGUGACUACGACAAUGAAUGA